GGUGAGGAGCCGGGGAGCGAGGCGGGGAGGCUGGGAGCUGGGCGCCCCUUCUGAGGCCAGAGGGGGCUGGGCAGGGCCGACCCGGCGGGAAGGGGGUCGGCCGCGCGCUCUCAGCGCCUCGCUCCUGAGCCGCGGCGCUAGCGGUGGGGGCUUUUCGGCCCCGGCCCCUCCUGGCAGGGCCCGGCUGUGCAGGUGGCCGGGCAGGGCCGAGGGCCCCGCAGCCCACCGAGAAGGCCCCGCCGGCCUCUGGCCCGCCCACCCGGCGACCUGCGCUGUGGCCGCCUGCACGGCCGCCACGGGGUGCAGCCUCGGAGUUUAGUUUCAUCUUCGGGUUUUCUUUCGAAGUGGGAGUGGCGCGCAAAUUGGUGGUCUUCUUCCAUCUUUUAAAAUAGUCUGGGUUGACGUCAAAUGCAGAAAUGAGGCAGUGUUGAUUUUUUUUUUUUGGCGUAAGUACCCCGAGCCUUGGGCGGAAAUCAUGAGGCAACCGGUUGAAGGAGACCAACUCAGGAAGGAGGAAAAGGAAAGGAAUAAUGCUGACAGCAUGUCUGCACAUUCCAUGCUCUGUGAACGAAUCGCCAUAGCCAAGGAACUGAUCAAGAGAGCAGAAUCACUUUCUAGAUCAAGAAAAGGUGGCAUAGAAGGUGGUGCAAAGCUGUGCAGCAAAUUGAAGGCAGAAUUAAAAUUCUUACAGAAAGUAGAAGCUGGGAAAGUAGCUAUUAAAGAAUCUCAUUUACAAAGCACUAACCUAACACACCUGAGAGCCAUUGUGGAAUCAGCAGAAAACCUGGAAGAAGUUGUUAGUGUUCUUCAUGUCUUUGGUUAUACAGAUACCUUUGGAGAAAAGCAAACCCUUGUGGUAGAUGUAGUUGCAAAUGGUGGUCAUACUUGGGUGAAAGCCAUUGGCCGGAAGGCUGAAGCUCUUCAUAACAUCUGGCUGGGCAGGGGCCAAUAUGGUGACAAAAGCAUCAUUGAGCAGGCUGAAGACUUCCUCCAGGCCAGUCACCAGCAGCCAGUGCAGUAUAGCAACCCUCACAUCAUCUUUGCGUUUUACAACAGUGUCUCCAGCCCCAUGGCAGAGAAGCUGAAAGAAAUGGGCAUAUCUGUGAGAGGAGACAUAGUAGCAGUCAACGCUCUGUUAGAUCACCCUGAAGAGCUCCAACCGAGUGAGAGUGAAUCAGAUGAUGAGGGCCCUGAACUUUUGCAGGUGACCAGAGUCGACCGAGAAAAUAUACUAGCAAGUGUUGCGUUUCCAACAGAAAUUAAGGUCGAUGUGUGCAGAAGAGUAAAUCUGGACAUUACUACUUUAAUUACAUAUGUAUCUGCCCUCAGCUAUGGAGGCUGCCACUUUAUUUUCAAAGAAAAAGUGCUCACAGAACAAGCAGAGCAAGAGAGGAAAGAGCAGGUUCUACCUCAGCUGGAGGCCUUUAUGAAGGACAAGGAGUUGUUUGCUUGUGAAUCUGCUGUCAAGGACUUUCAGUCUAUUUUAGAUACCUUAGGAGGACCUGGGGAGAGAGAGAGGGCCACUAUGUUAAUUAAGCGAAUUAAUGUGGUAUCAGACCAACCUUCUGAGCGUGCCUUGAGACUAGUGGCCAGUUCGAAAAUUAAUAGCCGCUCAUUAACAAUUUUUGGGACAGGAGACACCCUAAAAGCCAUCACAAUGACUGCUAAUAGUGGUUUUGUCAGAGCUGCAAACAACCAGGGUGUUAAAUUUAGUGUGUUUAUCCAUCAGCCCAGAGCACUUACUGAGAGUAAAGAGGCUUUAGCCACCCCCUUACCAAAAGACUACACAACUGACAGUGAACACUAAAGAUACCCUUUAAAUAUUGUCGUGGAAGUAAGUUAUUUAUACCAAAGGCUGGGUCUUCCCAUCUAAACUGGGGGGAAAAUAGGUCUAUAGUAAAAGUAAAACUUAUAACUCUUAAACCAGUAGAGUUUCUUUUGUGUGGCAUCUAAAGUAUAUAACCUCCCAAAGUAGAAAAAGCACAAGAGACAAGCUUAUCUAUCAAAUUGUCUGCAUUAGUGCAAUUAAGAACAUAAAUAUAUCUAUAUAAAGCUUUCAGCUGUAUUGUAAUACUUUGUUUGAUUCAGUAGGGCUACAACUUCCCUACUGCUAACCACGUUUCAUGGAAUAUGGCUACAUUGCAUCUUGCAUUAAAUAUCUGGAGAAACCUCAA